AUGAAGAUCAGUGCGACGGCUGCGUUUACUGCGGUAGCGAUGUUCCUGCUCACAACUCCAUCGGUCGCACCACCUCCACCCAACAACGACUAUGUCGACCCAAACUCCAGUAAAAUCUAUUCGUCGUCUUCUCUAAGACGAAGAAGGGGUUUGAUGACGGAUCAGGGACAAACCGCGCAAAGUGAUUCGAGGAUCGUGGCGGCGGAUGGCAUUGAAGACACCGCAGGUGGCGGCUGGAAUGAGCUGCUUGCGGAGAAGAAGGCAAACCAACACCAAACGAGCGGACACUGA